AUGUGGCCCGUUCUAUUAAAUAUGACACGCGACGAAUGUCGACGGACGCUCAGAAGACUUGAGUUAGAAGCAUAUUCGAAUAUGAUAAGCGUGUUUAGAGCGCAAGGGGCAUUGGAAGAAGAUAGAAAAAAGUUACUCGAGGAACUGCGCGCCGUUUUGCAUAUAAGCCAUGACCGCCACAGUGCUGAAGCGCGACGCGUGUCUAAUGACGAGCUCUUAGCAACAAUAGCUGAGCACAUAGCUGGUCCAAACACAGGGCUAGCAUGGAUCAGCGAGGGACGUCGAAUUAUACCUCUGAUGCCGCGUGGUAUUGCUCAGACCAUGUAUACAGAGAUUGCGGAUAAGGUAGCGGAAGUAACAGCAGCUGAAAAUAAGGAACUUAAAAAAAUGGAAGACAAACUUAUAACACCAGUUUCAAAGGAAGUAGAAAUGCCAGAUCCAGAAACUGCUGAGUCUGCUUUAGAAUGCAGUGAGAAAAUGGAUGAUGUUUAUCCUCCCAUUGCUACUGAAGACCAUUCAAGCAAAAUAUGGGAAACUGAAAUAAUUUGUCGAAAACGGAAAUUAGAAGAGGAUGGUGAAUUUGAGGACACCAUCACACCAGUUAAAAAUAUGAGAAAUAUUCCUGUUAAUAUGCAUCAGAAACAUGUAAACUUAUCACAAGUUUAUUCAAAAUAUUCACAACCCACUUCCAGUAAACAAUCAAGCCAGUCCAAACAUUCAUAUAAUCAAGUUAGUAAAGUUUCAAGUAAGCCGUGUCAGACGCGAGCGCCUAGACAGCAAAAACCUAAAGUGCAAAAGCCUAGGGCUCCUCGUCAGAAAAAGCAACCGAAAGAUGUUCAAUCUCCACCCGCAAAUAAGUUCAAUCCAGUCUCUUUACAAAUGGAAUACUCUGGUCCACCCAAUACCUUCCAGGCUAGUUACGCCCAAUCCAUAUUGUCUAACAAAAACAGAGAUUUUGUAGAUGAAUUUAAACCAAAAGUAAAGUCCUCACCCGGAAUGGUUAGCGAGUCUCCCACAAUGCAUUUGUUAACACAACCCGCUACCGUUCCACAUGAGUUAGGGCUUUCGGAAAACGCACAUCCGGAUGAUCCAAAAUCAUUGCAAGCUCAAAGCACUCCUAUUGCAAAGCAACCACUAAACGCGAUCAAGGCGUCCCAAAUUAUUCUCAAAAGUAGAGACUCUGAAAAGAAAGUCCCGGUUCCAGACAUUAAAAUUGUACAAAAACCGAAUGACAAUAUAAAAAUACUCGCGAACAGACAAGUCGUCGUGGCGCCGAGUUCCGCUCAAAAAACUUUGAAUGCGAGGAAAUUAGUUGCGGCGAAAGUCAUAGGUUCGAUUCCGAAGGUUAGAACGUCUUCAACGCCCGUUAAAACCAUAUCCGAUAAAAUGGUUGUUGUCUCUAAACCUCCAAUCGAUACAAGAAUAUCGCAUCCAAAAUUCGUAAUAACAUCAUCGUCGACUACUACAUCCAUGAAGUCCUCAACCCCAGUCAGUUCAAAUAACUAUUCACCUCCCACUUCCGAAACUUUGACCCCGAAGGGUAUUCCCGCUACAGAUUUAAAAGUUUCAGCAAAAACAUUUGUGAAUCCUAAGUCUGGAAAAACAAUGGUUGUUUUGCCAGCAAAGUCGAGCAAAGAAGGUCCCUUGUUCCACUUUAAAGGAGUUUCUCAAGCCAUGAAGCUCGUAUCGGUUAGUUCACAACCUAACACGAUGCCGACAUCAAAAUUUCAUCCAGGUGCUUCAACAUUGAAACCAACUAUAGUCAAUGCUUCUAGCCCUAAAAUUCUUGGGACGGAGCCAAUAAAAACUGCCAAUUUGGCUGACAUAGUUCCGGUUAAAGGUUUAACGCCGACACAAAAAAUGAUAAGCCCCAUAGUUAGACCGGUCAGUUCGAAAGGAAACGUAAUAGUUGUUCAGAAAAGCGCAAACCUCGGAAAAACCUUAAAAUUUACGAAGAACGGCAAUGAUAUGUCAAAAAUUAUUAUGGGGAAGAAUGUAAACCAAUUGUUGCAAGCUAAGUCGGAACAGGGAGAGCUGUCUAAAUCCAAUGUAAUUGUGUUGGAACUGAACAAUGAGCAAUCGGGAAAGACGACAACUAUGUCCGAAAUAAUAGAUAGCCACAUACAAAAACCUACGCCAGAGGAGAAUAAACCGAGUCAUAUUAUAACCCAAGACACGCCAGUGUUAUUCGAUACUCACCCGGGAGAGGGCAAUGCGAGCAGCUUAGAUUCAACUGCAUCUUUGGAGAAAGAUGGAAAUCGCCAGAAUGAAGCCAAAGAUUCGCCCAGUCAUUGGGAUAUGGAAAUCGAAUCAGUUCCGGAUAGCAAAAAAACCGAAGACAAAUUGAACUCGUUACAUUUAGAUCUUGGUAUAUCCAGUGAGAGUGAGACCGAAUAUAUGGCUGAUGGAAAGAACAAGAGUGAUCAUUCGUCACAAGAUAGCGUUCACCAAGAAACUCAGAGAGGGAUGACCAGUGAAUUGUAUAGUGGGGGGAGCAUGUCUCUAGCCACGAGGACGUUACUCAGUCAGCUCCAAGACGAUGGUUCGUCGAGUAAUGACUCCUCGUUCGCGCUCAAAUCGAAAAAAGCCGCACAGAGUAAUAAAAUCGACAAAUCCGAGUCCGAAGCGUUGUCCAAGGCGAAAGCGAAGCUUACGCAAAAGGUGGCAGAGGAACAAAGCCAGCAGAAACGAAUAGACGUUUAUAGCACGGCAAUUUCGACGACUGACAUAAAUCUUGACUCGUUUUCGUAUUUAGAUGAGAGUUUGAUGGCUGAUGAUGAAUUUCCUGAGGGCCGACGUGAGCCUCGACGCGAUAUUCUAGACGAUCAAUUGAGCCGCCUCCUAGCAGAGGACUCCGCUAACUCCUCAGACUCACAGACGGUUGAACAAUUGCCUAUGACUAACGAGUGA